AAAAAAGAAAAAAGGGAGAGAGAGAAAGAAAAUACAGAGGUGCAACAUUGAUCAAUAACCCUUAUUUUUCUCUCUCUCUUUCCGUUGAUAGUGGUGGCAGGCUCCAAGUACCAUGGUUUUGUCGAGUUAUCGUUGACACGUCCAGGCGUUUUGAUUUUUGCACAUUCUUGUUUAAAUUAUUGAUAUGUUAUAUGUUGAGAAUAUUUUGUAAAUCUGAAUCAAGAGAGCAGUUAAAAAUGGCAAAUGAUUACUGCUGAAUUUCUGUUUGCUAUUGCAUUUUAUCAUUAUUUCUUUUCCUUUAUGGUUGAAAGUGGUCCAGAGGAUAACAUUAUUUAAUAAUAAUGAUUUACUUCAAAGCGUGGUAGUUAGUCUUGGAAACGCACAACUCAGUCACAUGAAUUCUGAUCUUCAAGCUCACAAACCUCUUUGAAUCUCUCCUUCUGCAUCAAAUUAUGUCAGAUGACACUGCUCCCUCUCCGUAUCAUUUGUUCUUAUUCUUGAUUUUUCAUUGUCUGUUUCUGUAAGCACGUUUAUUUGAAGGGUUAUGGCUUGGGUAUGUAAAGAAGCUGUCUUUUUUGAUGUGCUCUUGGGUUUUAAGAUUUUUGUGGAAGUAUUUACUGUUUUGGAGGGCUCUGAAGUUUGUCUGGUGUGUGUGAAAUUAUGAGAUGAUUUUGAAUUCAGUUGAUUUCUUGCAGCAGUAAAGUAUCAAUCCCUGAAUAGUUGAGCUGCUUGUGAGUUGUGAGUUUUUUGUUGAUGAUUUAAUUGACUGAAUUUAUGGAAAUAUGAAAUCUUGUUUAAAGCCCAGAAGAUGGAUUUGUGUGGUGGUGUGAAAGAAUUGUAAUCUCAGAGAAAUAGAAUUCUUGAAAAAUGGAAAAGAACUGCAAGAGCAUAGUGUGGUUUAGGAGAGAUUUGAGGAUUGAAGACAAUCCAGCUUUAGCAGCUGCUGCAAGGGAUGGGAGUUUAUUACCUGUUUUUAUAUGGUGUCCUAAAGAAGAAGGUCAAUAUUUCCCAGGCCGAGUCUCGCGGUGGUGGUUGAAGCAUUCCCUUAAACAUUUGCAGCAGUCUUUGAAAUCCCUUGGGGCAGAACUGAUACUGAUCAAAGCCGAGGACACUCUGUCUGCACUUUUAGAUUGCCUCAAUGCUGUCGGGGCGACAAAAGUAUUGUAUAACCAUCUUUAUGAUCCAAUUUCACUUGUUCGGGAUCACAACAUUAAGCAAAAGUUGGUUGAACUUGGCAUUAAAGUGCAAAGCUAUAAUGGUGACUUGUUGUUUGAGCCAUGGGAAGUAUAUGAUGAUAAUGGACAUGCUUUUACGACAUUUAAUGCAUACUGGGAGAAAUGCUUGAGCAUGCAAAGAGAACCUGUUUCACAUCUUCCUCCAUGGCGUUUGGUUCAAGCUGCAGGAAUGGUUGAAAGUACACCAAUUGAAGCAUUGGGUCUCGAAGAUGAAUCAGAAAAGUCGAGUAAUGCUCUAUUGGGAAGAGGGUGGUCACCUGGUUGGAGCAAUGCUGACAAGGCUUUCAAUGAAUUUGUCGAACGCCAUCUGCUCAACUACUCAAAGGACAGACUCCAGGUCGGAGGGAACUCAACAUCCCUCUUGUCCCCGUAUAUUCAUUUUGGGGAACUCAGCAUUAGAAAAGUGUUCCAAUGUGUUCUUGUGAAGCAAAUAGUUUGGAAAAACGAAAGAAACACAGUUGGAGAAGACAGCGCAACAUGUUUCCUUAAGGCUAUAGGGCUUAGAGAGUAUUCCCGCUACAUAUGUUUUAAUUUUCCAUUUACUCAUGAGAGGUCGUUGCUUCCCAGCCUGAAAUUUUUCCCAUGGGAUGCCAACCUGGCUCAUUUCAAGGCUUGGCGACAAGGCCGAACAGGUUAUCCACUAGUUGAUGCGGGAAUGAGAGAGCUUUGGGCUACUGGAUGGAUUCACAAUAGGAUUAGAGUAAUUGUUUCUAGUUUCUUUGUGAAGUUUCUUCUUCUACCAUGGCAAUGGGGGAUGAAGUACUUCUGGGAUACACUUCUGGACGCAGACUUGGAAAGUGAUAUCCUUGGUUGGCAGUAUAUCUCUGGAAGUUUGCCUGACGGGCAUGAACUUGAGCGCAUGGAUAGUCCACAGAUUCAGGGCUUCAACUUUGAUCCAGAGGGUGAAUAUGUGAGGCAGUGGUUGCCCGAAUUAGCCCGGAUGCCAGCUGAAUGGAUCCAUCACCCAUGGGAUGCUCCUCUUGCUGUGCUUAAAUCUGCAGGCGUGGACCUCGGAGUAAACUACCCAAAACCUAUAAUUGAUAUAGAUUUCGCAAGGGAUCGGUUAACUGAAGCCAUAGCCGUCAUGCACGGAAAUGAAGCAACCGCAAGGGCCGGAAGCUCCAAUGGAGCAGACGAAGUUGUGUUCGAUAACUGCGAAACUAACAUAAAAUUGGGCACUCGAAAUGAAAUUGUGAAGGAAAAGACUCCAUGUCCGGCUACUUCAUCUCACGAUCAAAGGGUGCCAUCAAUGAUAAACUCCAAAGAUGGUAUUCUAAAUAAAAAAAGACUGAAGUCAAGGGAAGAUGAUAUGCCGCUGAAAGAUGACUUGCGUAGUUGCAACAAUGGAGAUGAGGUCUCGAAAACGUACUACGACUUGUGCUCUACAGCUGAAUCUUCAUCGAACAAGAAACAGAUAACCAACAGUAGAAAUUCUUUCUCUGUUCCCCGAAGCUGCUCUUUAAUGUCAACGGAUGCACCGUAUCAGGUGCAUGACUCUUCCUACUUCAAGAAUCCAAGGCAAGAAGAGAUUGACACGGAAGAGACUUCGAGCAAAAAUGGAGCCACCAAUUUACGAAUUUCUGGGGAUCAGACUAUUCGGGAAGAGUAAAAGCUCGUCAUUUAAUCUAUGAAUGCUCUGUACACAUUAGGAUGAGAGCUUUUCCCCUGUGAUUCUCUUGUAGAUAAGUACUUCAAUUCUGAAUACUUUUUUGUUUCCUCCUGUGUUCUUGAACACGAACAUGUUCUGUCCUUGAGGACAAAAGGAACGUCUUAGGACCACGUUGAGAUAGAAAUCUGUGGUUAUUUUUUCUGUUUCUCACACCACAUAACCCGAUACAGUUUUUUGUUCCUUUGCUUUGUGUAAUUGCAUUUGAUAUGUUCUUUUUCAAUUUUCACAUAUAACGCUGGAGUUGGGGUAGUGAAA